AGAAACGCUCAAGGGCAGACACCAGAUCCGGAACUCACCAUCGGCCCACGUUUUGGGAUCGUCUCUCGGAGGUUAAGCUCACCAAGCGCGCACUGAUUGAACUGAAUAGACGGUUCUCGGAUUCUAGUCCUCCUCCCACCCGCACAGUCCAGUUUCAACCCCGCCGGCCCUCUUUGAAUGAAGUUGCUCGUCUAAAACACUUCUCGCCGGAUGAAGUUGCUCGUCUGAAACGCCUGUCUCGACUUGGAGGCCCUGAUCUCCGUGAUCUGACUGGGUAUCCACACCCUAUGGCGCGAAGAGCUCGUUCGAAAUCAAGAGGUCGGUCAACUACGGGCCGAUCGAGAUCCCACUCGAAUCGAACACCCAGGCAGCUUGAUACUCCCGAUUCCUCUCUUCGCACAGCGUCCGAAAAGUGGUCAUCAGCGUAUGAUGCCAACUUCCAACAAGCGCUUGUUGAUGUUGGAAUAUACCCUCGGAAUCACCAGGGAUUUCGUGAUCGGCGCCCGCGGAAUCGGGAUGCUAUUAUGGCCAGGCUGGAGAGAAGAAGAGAGUCGAUCUCUGGGCUGGACGAGGAUGCCUUUGAUGAUUUUGUGCAAAAAGACCAUGAUGCCCGGAGUGAGAAAACCGUGAUGAGCACUGUUUUUCCGAUCAUUCGAGGCUCGGCAGACAUACCAUUCGGAGAAGAGAAGCUCUUUGGAAAUCUAGACCCGCUCGCAGAAGGCAUUGUUUCUGCAAAGCCAGACUUUUACGACGGCACUCUGGCGGCGGAAUGUGAGAAGGUUGUUCGUCAACUCCUUGGCUCCUCUAUUAUCCCUUCAACGCAAGACCACCUCCCUAUCGCGCCCAACUUCUUCUGUGAGGGGAAGGGGCCGGAUGGCUCUCACGCAGUGGGUGAACGGCAGGCCUUAUAUAAUGGGGCACUGGGUGCGCGCGGUAUGCAUGAUCUCCAAAGAUUUGGGAAUGCGGCAUUGUACGACAAUAAUGCUUAUACUAUCACUUCUCUCUACCACUGCGGCCAAUUGGAAUUAUACACAGUGCAUCCAGUGAAGUCCGCCCACCCAGGCCGGGAGACGGAUUAUCAGAUGACCCUGUUGAAGUCUUACUCACUGAAGGGUGAAUGUGGUGUCUUUCGCCAAGGCGUCCAGGCCUUCCGAAACGCUCGGGAUUGGGCCAAAGAACAACGCGACAGCUUUAUAUUUAAGGCGAACGCUACUGCGGCGAUGAUGCCGGGCGUAUUCCGUCAAGAUCGUAGUGGGAAACUCCAGCCUUCAACCAUCGAGCGUGGAUCCUUUGGGUCGGACACAUCCACGGACGAGCUUGCUCGGCCACCAAUUAUCGGGCCGUCAAGGAAAAGAGUAUUGUCCCAUGGAAAGCAACCAACUGGGCCAGCCGACCGGGAGAAGUCCUCUCGCGUUGAGUAG